AUGUCCCUGCCGGGCCGCGCGGCUUCGCCGUCAGCUUCGCUCCUUCUCGGCACGUCGCGACGCCCCCUCUCCACCGCCCCUUCGGCCUCAGCCGCCCCCUCCGGACCGAUUCGCGGCAGGCUGACCACGGCGUCCAUGAACCAGGCGGUGGUCGGGGCGGCGUACGCCGUGCGCGGCGAGCUGGUGAUGAAGGCCGACCAGUACCAGCGCGUCCUGGCCGACCCCGCCCAGCGUGACACCCUCCCCUUCAAGGAGAUCAUCUACUGCAACAUCGGCAACCCGCAGCAGCUGCAGCAGAAGCCGAUCACGUUCUUCCGGCAGGUGCUGUCGUGCAUGGAGUACCCGGCGCUGCUCGACCACCCGGCGGCGGCGCAGAUCUACCCGCAGGACGUGCUGCAGCGCGCCCGGCACCUGCUCGCCAACUUCUCCGGCGGUACCGGGGCCUACUCCCACAGCAAGGGCGAGCGCAUCGUGCGCGAGCACGUCGCCGGCUUCCUCCAGAAGCGCGACGGCUAUGCCGCCGAGCCCGAGGACAUCUACCUGUCGGACGGCGCGUCGGGUUCCGUGAGCAAGGCCCUCAACAUCCUCAUCCACAGCCGACGUGAUGGAGUCAUGAUCCCCAUCCCGCAGUACCCGCUCUACUCGGCCACCAUUCCGCUGCUGGGCGGCACCCAGCUCAACUACUACCUCGACGAGGAGAACUCCUGGGGCCUCCAGGUUUCGGAGCUGGAGAGCCUGGUGGAGGACGCGCACAAGAAGAACGUCAACCCGCGCGCCCUGGUGAUCAUCAACCCGGGCAACCCCACCGGCCAGUGCCUCGCCGAAUCCAACAUGCAGGAGGUCAUCGACUUCUGCCGCAGGCGCGGUAUCGUCCUCCUCGCCGACGAGACGAACGCGUACACGAAGCCGUGGCUGUCGUUCAAGAAGGUGCUGCGCGACAUGGGUCCCAAGUACAAGGACGUGGAGCUCAUCUCCUUCCACUCGGUCUCCAAGGGCGUCAUUGGAGAGUGCGGCCACCGCGGAGGCUUCAUGGAGCUGGUGGGCAUCGACGAGGAGGUCAAGCAGCAGUUCUACAAGCUCGCUUCCAUCUCCCUCUGCCCCAACCUGCCGGGUCAGGUGGUGGUGGACCUGAUGGUGCGGCCCCCGGUGGCGGGCGAGCCCUCGUACGACCUCUACCACCAGGAGACGACCGGCAUCUUUGAGUCUCUCAAGAGGCGCGCCCUCCGUCUCACCGAGGCCUUCAACAAGCUCGAGGGCGUGACGUGCAACGAAGCCGAGGGGGCGAUGUACCUCUUCCCGCGCGUGCGCCUGCCCGCCAAGGCCGUGCACGAGGCCGUCAAGCAGAAGAAGACCCCCGACUCCUUCUACUGCCUCGCCCUCCUCGACCAGACCGGCAUCUGCGUGGUGCCGGGCUCCGGCUUUGGGCAGAAGGACGGCACGUACCACUUCCGCACUACCUUCCUCCCGCCCGAGGACAAGAUCGACGCCGUGGCCAAGUCCAUUGCCAAGUUCCACCACGACUUCAUGCAGAAGUACCGCGACUAA